AGAUGAAUGAAGAAAUGACGGAUGAAUGUUUCUCGGCUGUUUCUGUUGAUGACUUUAUUUAUGUUUUGAUGGAAAACAAGGCUGUUUACAGGCUCAAUUAUCUUGAUGAAGAUGCCACCUGGGAGAAAAUGGCUGAUAUGCUUGAAGAUCAUGGCCAGUAUCCACCAGCUGUUGUUUUGAAUAACAACAUCCAUGUUAUCGGGAGUUUUGAUGUAUAUUUAUAUAAUGAUAUUGAUGCUGUUGAGAAGUAUGAUCCCGAUUCAAACAUAUGGACAAGACUAAACAAUAUGCCACAACCGUUGGAUGGACCAGGAUUAACAGUUUUUCAAAAUAAGAUUUAUUGUUUUGGUGGCCACUCCUCUGGACAGUUACUAAAUAUAGUCAAUCAGUUUGAUGCUGAAGCGGAUGUUUGGAAAAUAGUCGGUCAUAUGCCUGAGAAAAUGUCCAAGGUUGCAGUUGUCACAGUUGAUGAAAGUAUUUAUAUUCUUGGUGGCCUUGUUGAAGAAGAUUGCUUCCAAUUCAUCAAAGCAGUUUGGCGAUUUGAUCCAAUAAGUAAUCACUGGCAAUCUCUAAAUCCAAUGCUUGCUGCUAGAUGUUGGUUUCAUGCCCAUGCAAUUGAGGGUUUUAUUUAUGCUGCUGAAGCGAGAUAUGACUAA